CAGUUGACAUCCUUGAAUCCUAAAGUUUUUUUGUCUUUAUCAACCUCAGAGCCAUCUCUUCAACCUCACUUCUUAGUCGAACUCACCUCUACUAAGUAGGCCUCAUUUCUACUCAGUCGACUUCACUUCUACUCAGUUAAUAUCACUUGUACCCAGAGGACGUUAAUUCUAAUCCAGUCGAUCUAAGAGCUAAGAAAAUGUUAAUGAAACCAAUCUUUCGACGAAACUGGCCGAAACACAUGUGGAAACAUGAGUUACUGUGGAGAAUGGCGUCAACGCGGAUGUUGAUAGUUCGAGGGUCACUACUGCUGAACGCUCUGCUGGUGCUGUAUCUGUGUGUCUCCUGGUUCUCGACUAGUCCAACUAGACACACUGCCCUUGCCACACACUCACUCCGUACCCCUAGCCCUCUAGAUGUACACCAUGUUGAUUUUGAAGGCAUAGACACUGCCGAAAUGGUCGGUGGUAAUGGCGUGAGCCAGGAUGCUGUACCCCUGGAGGUUCCGCUACCAGCUGCCCUGGCCAGUGAUUUGGGUGACAGUGAAAUGCGUGACAUAUCUCUUGGUGGACGGCGAACACUGGGGCAGCUACCAGAGCAGAGUCUGCAAGCAGGGGUAAAGCAGCUACUUCCAGGAGCCCUAGAGCAAGUGGUUCAGGCAGGGGUAGAACAGAUGCCACUGAAUAAAGGUGUAGAGCAGAGCCUUCACGGUGGUGUGGACGCUAGUGCAGGAGAGCAGGAGGAACCUCCGCGGGAGGUACAAGAGAGUGCAGGAGUAACGGAACAACUACUGGAACCUCUUGCUAUAGAGCCGCCUGACCCUCCGCUGGACUCCCUGGAGCGCAAGAUAUAUCCAGAUUUAAGAGAGUGCUCGACCAGACCACAGCGACCAUUCUACUUCCAGCGGGGCGACUACUGGGUUCUGGAGAACUAUAUUCCCGCCGCACUCUCCUUUCGCUGUGACGAGUCCAUCACCUACACAACUCACGCUGACUACACUUUUCUGGACAACCUGGAGCCUCUCACGUCCCGCUGGCAGGGUCCUGUGAGUGUGGCAGUGUAUGCUCCUGGGGAUGAUUUUAAUGCCACCAUCAACACUAUACUCUACCUCAGAGACUGCUGGGCUGAGGGCAUCAAGAAAUAUGUCACUUUUCAUCUCUUCUUUCACGUCUCUCACAAGCCUAAAAAGGUUCCAUCUAGUGAAGAACUACUGAAAAGGAAGACUGACUGUGCACUAGAGCCUCCUCGGUGGACUAAUGUCACUACAUACAGACAACACAAGAAAUUGUUGUAUCCUGUCAACAUAGCAAGAAAUACUGCCAGACAAGCUGUUCAAACCUACUUUGUGUUCCCAUCUGAUGUGGAAUUGUAUCCAUCAAUAAAUUUUAUUCCUGAAUUCUUCAAAAUGCUCAAGCAACCUGAUGUGUCCAAUACAACGAAUCCUCGAGUUUUUGUAUUCUCUAUUUUUGAAGUAAAGGAAAAUGUAUCAGCACCAGAAACUAAAAGUGAACUUCAAAAAAUGCUUACAAAGAAGGAUGCCAUUCCCUUCCACAAGAAUGUUUGUGCCAAAUGUCACAAUGUACCAAUGUCAAAAGAAUGGAUUGCAGCCCCUGUAAAACCAGGCAUGUCUGUAUUUCACAUUGGAAAACGAAAACCACCUUUCCAUAAAUGGGAGCCCAUUUACAUUGGGACCAACCGAGAACCUUUAUAUGAUGAACGAUUGUCCUGGGAGGGUAAAAGUGACAAAAUGACCCAGAUGUACAUCUUGUGUGUUCGUGAUUAUGAAUUUCACAUCCUUGACAACGCAUUCUUAGUGCACAAGCCAGGCAUCAAGAAAAUACACAAAGAUCCUUUUCGAGAUAGGAUUGUGGCCAAGCAGAACAGUGCAAUCAGCAGCAAGAUUUUCCCUGAGUACAAGACAAUUUUUGGGUUCCGCAAGAGCUGUGUUAUAUGAUUCUUGUUAGAAUAUAUUUUUAAAUUUUUCUAUAUUUUUAGUGAAAUUAUUUUUAAUGCUAAAUUCAUAUAAUAGUUUUACUGGCAAUAUAAUAUUUGUAGAAUUUAAAGCAUAGUUGUUACUGAGUAUAAAAUUAAAUAUGAAAAUCUGAAAGUUUAUUGGCAGUUGUGUAGAUUGAAGUGCAUAAGUGAAAAACACACUGCACUCUGGUCUGUCACUACUUGUAAAGAGCUGUACGUACUUGGUAAGACAGUUCAAUAAGCCUUCCAUUGUUAAGUCUUCAGUAGUAUUAUGUGUAGCCUACCAUAUCAAGAGCUCUGUGAUGAUGCAAAUGUAAUAUUAAGAUGUAGUUAAUAAGGGAACUGUGAAUCACUAUACAUUCACAUAUAUAUUUAAUAAGUACCAAUAAUUUUAUAUAUUUAUAAUCUUGACUUGAAAUGUGACAAAUUCUUCAAUGCAUAUGAUAUUGGGUAACUGAUAGUGUAUGAGAGUCUCAGGCUUAAUUUUUACAUUUUCAGUGAAUUUGGUGAUUUUUAAUUUAUUAAAACUUAUUCAGUUAAAUAUUGCCAGUGAUAAAGAAAAUAUUUUAUUACUACAGCUAAAUUGUUUGAGUGCAGAAACAGCAAGUUACAUUACUGUAAUACGUACAGUAUUAUGUUAACAUUUUAAUGUAUAAAUUUUAUACUUGAAGUAAAUUAAGGGUACUCUGUGUGUGUGUGUGUGUGUGUGUGUGUGUGUGUGUGUGUGUGUGUGUGUGUGUGUGUGUGCGUGUGCAUCUUCAUAGGUUUUAUUGUAUAUAGGUUCAUUGUUUGAUUGUCUCCUGCUGGCUUGCAUGUGGUGCCUCUAACUUAGCUAGCCCUGGGGACAGUCAGGGCAAACCGAAUACAGUAUCUAUUCUGCUUUACUUAUUGCCAGAUUGUCUCUUGCUUGGCUUGUGUGUGGUGCUUGGAUUAAGUUUAUCCUGGGGACAGUCAAUGCAAAGUGAACAUCUGUUUUGAUGUUCUAAGCAUGAGUGUGUCAUAAGCUUUUUGCCAAAUUUUUAAGUUUCUUAACAUGAGGAGUGCAUGUAAAAUGAUAAAUCUCACUACAUUCAACUCAGUCCACUAGGGCUACAUCAGUCAUCUCCACACACUUUCACAUCAACAAGAAAUGUCUAUUAAAAUGCAAUGUUAAAUUUAUUAUUUUUGAUGUACAGUACUUUGGUAUUUUAAAAUGUCAUUUUUUUUUUUAACACACCAGCCGUCUCCAACUGAGGCAGGGCAACUUGAAAAUUAAGACAAAAGGUUUUCUUUCCACAUUUAGUAAUUUAUACAGGAGAACAGGCUACUAGCCUCUGAAUCCCAGCACUUAGUCAAUUCUUAUGGCUUAAGAAGAAAGGAUUCUCUAUCCACUUUCCCAUGGAUAUCCUUCAGAUUAUUUUUUUUUAUUAACACAUCGGCAGUUUCCCAUUAAAGUAGGGUGUCCCGAAAAGGAAAAACUUUCACCAUUAUUUACUCCAUCACUGUCUUGCCAGAGGUGUGCUUACACUACAGUUAUAAAAUUGCAACAUUAACACCCUCCUUCAGAGUGCAGACACUGUACUUCCCAUCUCCAGGACUUAAGUCCAGCCUGCAGGUUUCACUGAAUCCCUUCAUAAAUAUUACCCUGCUCACAUUCCAAUAGCACAUCAAGUCCUAAAAACCAUUUGUCUCCAUUUGCUCCUAUCUAGCAUGCUCACGCAUGCUUGCUGGAAGUCCAAGCCCCUCACACACAAAACCUCCUUUACCCCCUCCCUCCAACCAUUCCUAGGUCAACCUCUACUCUGCCUUCCUUCCACUACAGAUUUUUAUACUCUUGAAGUCAUUCUAUUUUGUUCCACCCCCUCUACAUGUCCGAACCACCUCAACAACCCCUCCUCAACCCUCUGGAUAAUGGUUUUGGUAAUCCCGCACCUCCUCAUAGUUUCCAAACUGUGAAUUCUCUGCAUUAUAUUCACACCACACAUUGUCCUCAGACACGACAUCUCCACUGCCUCCAGCCUUUUCCUUGUUGCAACAUUCACCACCCAUGCUUCGCACGCAUAUAAGAGCGCUGGUAUAACUAUGCUCUCAUACAUUCCCCUCUUUGCUUCCAUGGACACAGUUCUUUGUCUUCACAGACUCCUCAGUGCACCACUUACCUUUUUCCCCUCAUCAAUUCUGUGAUUCACCUCAUCUUUCAUAGACCCAUCUGCUGACACGUCCACUCCUAAAUAUCUGAAUACAUUCACCUCCUGCAUACUCUCUCCCUCCAAUCUGAUAUCCAAUCUUUCAUUACCUAUUUUUUUUUAUCCUCAUCACCUUACUCUUUCCUAUAUUUACUUUUAAUUUUCUUUUUUUACACACCCUGCCAGUCUCAUCCACCAGCCUCUGCAAGAUUACUUAGCACUGAAUUAGAUCAUAUAAUAAUUUUCAAGAAUAAUCCUCAUUCUUAUUGAUCUGUUGGUUUUGUGUAUGUGUACUCACCUAUUUGUGGUUGCAGGGGUUGAGUCAUAGCUCCUGGCCCUGCCUCUGUGUCAUUAUCAUGUCUCCCCCUACCCUCCUGUCUUCCAGUGUCAUCAGACUGAUUUCGCUUAACCUCUCUUUGUAGGACAAUCCCCUUAGCUCUGGAACUAGUCUUGUUGCAAACCUUUGCACUUUCUCUAAUUUCUUGACGUUCUUGACCAGAUGUGGAUUCCAAAGUGGUGCUGCAUACUCCAGUAUAGGCUCAUCUCCUGAGGUGCACAUCAAUCAGAUGUGCACCUCAGGAGAUGAGCUUGGUAUUAUACUUACCCCAAGAUCUUUUUCCUUGAGUGAGGUUUGUAGUCUUUGGCCACCUACCAGGAGUUUACCUGGAGAGGGUUUCAGGGCUCAAUGCUCCCGUGGCUCGGAGACCAGGCCUCAUGGUGGAUCAGGGUCUGAUCAACCAGGCUGUUACUGCUGGCCGCACGCACGCUGACAUACGAACCACAGCCUGGUUGGUCAGGUACUGACUUUAGGUCUCUGUCCAGUGCCUGCUUAAAGACAGCCAGGGGUCUAUUGGUAAACCCCCUUAUGUAUGCUGGGAGGCAGUUGAACAGUCUUGGUCCCCAAACACUUAUUGUGUUGUCUCUCAGUGUACUUGUGGCGCCCCUGCUUUUCAUCGGGGAAAUGUUGCAUCUCCUGCUGAGUCUUUUGCUUUCAUAGGGAGUGAUUUUCAUGUGCAGGUUUAGUACCAAUCCCUCCAGGACCUUCGAAGUGUAUAUUAUCAUGUAUCUGUCUCGCAUGCAUUCCAGGGAAUACAGAUCAAGGACCUUCAACCAUUCCCAGUAAUUUAGGUGCCUUUUCGUACUAAUAUGUGCGAUGAAAGUUCUUUGUACACUCUCCAGGUCUGCAAUGUCACCAGCCUUGAAGGGGGCCAUUAGUGUACAGCAAUAUUCCAGCCUAGAGAGCACAAGUGAUUUGAAGAGAAUCAUCAUGGGCUUGACAUCCCUAAUUUUGAAGGUUCUCAUUAUCCAUCCUAUCAUUUUCCUAGUAGGUGAGGUAGAUACAUUGUUGUGUUCUUUGAAGGCGAGGUUGUCUGACAUUAUCACUCCCAAGCCCUUCACAUUACUUUUCCUCUCUAUUGUAUGGUUAUAAUUUGUUGUAUCCCCUGAUACAUUUUUAAUUUCCUCAAGUUUCCCAUAUCUGAGUAGUUGAAAUUUCUCUUCAUUGAACUUCAUAUUGUUUUAAGUGGUCCAUUUGAAGAUUUGGUUGAUGUCCGCUUGGAGUCUCGCGGUGUCUUCAAUGGAUGUCACUGCCAUGGUGGCCUGGUGGUUAACGCUCUCGCUUCACACGGCGAGGGCCUGGGUUCGAUUCCCAGCCAGAGUAGAAACAUUGGGCGUGUUUCUUUCCACCUGUUGUCUAUGUUCCCCAUCAGUAAAAUGGGAUACCUGGGUGUUAGUCGACUGGUGUGGGUCGCAUCCUGGGACACUGACCUAAUUUGCCCGAGAUGCUCAGCAUAACAAGUGGCUUUCUAUGUAGUAGUAUGUCAUUGUUGUCAGCUAGGACUGCAUGCCAUGUACUUGUAGUAAAUAAAGAUUAUUAUUAUUAUUAUUAUAUUAUCUGCAAAGGAAGACAUGGAGCUAUGGCAUACAUCUUUGUCUAUGUCAGAAAUGAGGAUGAGGAAUAGAAUGGGAACGAGUACUGUGCCUUGUGGAACAGAGCUUUUUACUGUGGCUGCCUGGGACUUUACUUUGUUUACUAUUACUCUUUGUGUUCUAUUUGUCAGGAAGUUAUAGAUCCACCUACCAACUUUUUCUGUUAUUCCUUUAUCAUGCAUUUUGUGUGGUCACACUUGUCGAAAGCUUUUGCAAAGUCUGUGUAUACUACAUCUGUAUUUUGUUUAUCCUUUACAGCAUCCAGGACAUUGUCAUAGUGGUCCAGUAGCUGGGACAGGCAGGAGCAACCUGCUCUAAACCCGUGUUGCCCUGGGUUGUGUAAUUGAUGGGUAUCUAGGUGAUUGGCAAUCUUGCCUCUUAGAACCCUCUCAAAGAUUUUUAUGAUAUGGGAUGUUAGUGUUAUCAGUCUGUAGUUCUUUGCAAUUGCUUUACUGCCACAUUUGUGGAGUGGGGCUAUGUCUUGUUUUCAGUGUGUGUUGGAUGACCCCUGUGUCCAUUCUCCCUCUUCAUAAAAUGCUGAAGACACGUGAUAGGGGCUUCUUGCAAUUCUUGAUGAACAUGAAGUUCCAUGAGUCUGAGCCUGGGGCAGAGUGCAUGGGCAUGUCAUUUAUUGCCUCUUCAGAGUCUUGUGGAGUUAGGAUAAUAUCCAAGAUUUUUGAGAUGACAAAAUUUUGGGUUUCGUUCAUAAAGAAUUCAUUUGGUUUGUUGACCGUUAGUCUGGGCAGCGGCUCACUGAACACUGAGUCAUGUUGGGACUUUAGUUUCUCAUUCAUUUCUUGGCUGUCAUCUGAGUAUGUCCCAUUCUGCCUAAGUAGGAGCCCAGUACUGGAUGUUGUUUUUCCCUUAGAUAUGGAAUAAGAGAAGAAGUAUUUUGUUUUUUUUUUUCAAUUUUCUUUAUGGCUUUUAUUUCUUCUUGUGAUUCUUGUCUCCUGUAAGAGUCCUUCAGCUUAAGUUCGAUAUCUGCAAUUUCAUUGACUAGUGCCUUCCUUCGUAUUUCAGAUAUAUUGGCCCCACUGAGCAGCUCUGUAACUCUUCGCCUUCAUUUGUAUAGGGAGCAUCUCUCUCUUUCUAGUUUACAUGUUCUCUUUCUUUUUCUUAAUGGAAUGUGUCUUGAGCAGAUCUCAAGAACCACAGAGUUCUUUAUGUUGUGAUCUGAGUGUAUUGUCUUUGAUAUGGUUAUAUUACAUAUCAGAUCGUCGUUGUUAGUGAAGAUGAGGUCCAGCAUAUUUUUUAAUCUUGCAGGCUCUUCUAGUUGCUGGUUUAAGGUGAAUUUGGUGCAGAGAUUUAAUAGUUCGUGUGUGUGUGAAUUUUCAUUUGAGCUGCCUCCUGGGGUGAUCUCUGCUAAAACAUUUUUUGCUAUACUCCUCCAUUUUAGGUGUCUCAAGUUGAAAUCUCCUAGAAGAUGUUUGGGGCAGGAGUCGGGAGAUUUUCUAAACAGUGGUCAAUUUUCUCAAGCUGCUUCUGGAAUUGCUGGGAAGUUGCAUCUGGAGGCUUGUAUAUCACCACAAUGACAAGGGUUUAGUUUUCAGUCUUUACCACCAAAACUUCAACUACAUCAUUUGAGGUGUUUAGUAGUUCUGUGCAAAUGAGUGACUCUGUGACGUACAGGCCAACCCCCCCUUGUUGCCUGUUUAGUCUGUGGCAUCGGAAUAGGUUAUAGCCUGGGAUCCAUAUUUCAUUGUCAUAAUGAUCCUUUAUGUGGACCUCUGUGAAUGCUGCAAACAUUGCAUUUAACUCCAUGAGCAGUCCCUUGAUGUAAGGAAUUUUGUUGUUUUUUGAUGGCUUUAGACCCUGCAUGUUUGCAAAGACAAAUGUCAUUAUAUUGGUGGAAUUUAUGGGGGGUUAUUUUUGCUGGCUCUAAUAUCUGUUCUUCUAGAGUAGAGGCCAAUGUCCGUGCCUCAGCUCCAGAAGUGUUUUCAGUUGGUGCAGAAUUAUUGCCAUUUCUUGCCAGUCUUUUUUCCCUAAUGACCCUUAAAAAACCUCUGUCCCUGGAGAGGUUGUGACUUCCUUUUUUUUUCCCCAUUUUCUGGCUGGUCUGUGUCUUCUAGUCCCCUUUAGUCUUCUUUGCCCUUCCCCGAUCUUCAUGACUUUGCAUUUGUUGGGGUUAAAUUCAAGGAGCCAGUUGCUGGACCAGGCUUGUAGCCUGUCCAGGUCUCUUUGUAGUCCUGCCUGAUCCUCGACCAAUUUAAUUCUCUUCAUUAACUUCACAUCAUCUGCAAACAGAGACACUUCUGAGUCUAUCCCUUCUGUUAUGUCAUUCACAUGUACCAAAAACAGCACAGGUCCUAGGACUGACCCCUGUGGAAACCCGCUCAUCGCAGGUGCCCACUUUGACACCUUGUCUCAUACCAUGACUCGCUGUUGCCGCCUUGUCAGAUAUUCUCUGAUCCAUUGCAGUGCCUUCCCUGUUAUGAGUGCCUGAUCCUCUAGCUUUUGCAUUUACCUCUUGUGAGGAGCUGUAUCAAAGACCUUGCAGUCCAAGAAAAUGCAGUCUAUCCACCCUGCUCUCUCUCUCAUGUCUUACUUCUGUUACCUUGUCAUGAAACUCCAGUAGGUUUGUGAUACAGGAUUUUCCUUCUCUGAAACUGUGCUGGUUGUUGUUUAUAAGCUUGUGUCUUUUUAGGUGCUCCACCACUCUCCUCCUGAUGAUGAUCUCCAUGACUUUGCAUACUAUACACGUCAGUGACACAGUUCUGUAGUUUAAUGCCUCUUGUCUGUCUCUCUUUCUUAAAAAUUGGGACUACAUUUGCUGUCUUCCAUACCUCAGGUAGUUGCCCAGUUUCAAUGGAUGUGUUGAAAAUUUUUGUUUGUGGCACACAGAGCAUCUCUGCUCCCUCUCUAAGGAACCACAGAGAGAUAUCUGGUCCCACUGCCUUUACGGUAUCAAGUUAUCAUAGCAGUUUUUUCACCUCCUCCUUGGUUGUGUGUAUUUCAUCCAGCACUUGUUGGUGUACCUCCCUAUUCUGAAUUCCUGGAGUCCUUCCUAUCUCCACUGUAAGUACUUCUUUAAAUCUCAUAUUGAGCUCCCAUAUACCUCUUGGUCAUUUCUUGUGAACUCCCUACCUUCCUUCCUUCCUUAGCCUGAUUACCUGGUCCCUGACUGUUGUUUUCCUCCUGAUGUGGCUAUACAGCAGCAUCAGGUCAGAUUUGACUUUUGAUGCUAUGUCAUUUUCGUAUUGUCCCUGAGCCUCCCUUCAUAUCUGUGCAUAUUUCGUGUCUGGCUCUUUGGCUAAUCUCUUUAUUUUCCUGGGUCCUUUGUCUUCUGUACUUUUUCCAUUCUCUAGUGCACUUAGUUUUUACCUCCCUACCCCUUUGGGUGAAUCAGUGCCUUGUUCUGGUCUUCCCAUUAUUUCUGUUUCCUUGGGUACAAACAUUUCCUCUGCCUCCUUGCAUUUUGUUGUCACAUAUUCCAUCAUUUCUUUUACUGGUUUUCCUGUCAAUUCUCUCUCCCACUGAACGUCUUGCAGGAAGUUCUUCAUGCCUGUGUAGUCCCCCCAUACCCUCUCCACUUGUAGCUCAGCUAUGUAAUCAAAGCACAAAACCCCAUGAUCACUAGCUCCAAGGGGCCUUUCGUAUGUGAUAUCCUCGAUGUCCGAAAUACUCAAGGUGAAUACUAGAUCCAGCCUUGCUGGGUACAUGCAUGCAUGUGCACGUUAAUGCAUGCAUGUACCAUAUUUUCCAGCAGAUAAGGCACAUGACAAAUAUCAUAUCAGUAAAUCAGUAUUUGUAUUUAAGGGCUAAUUAUCUUCUUAUUUUACACUAAAGCGUAACCCAAAGUUAGUUUAACAUCUUUAUUAUGCACCCCAUACCCAUCCUGUGGGUGGUAGUCAAAAAGGUAAUGAACCAUUCACAUGUCUACACCUGAUCAGAGGUACAUAAUGGGUCCAGGGAUUGGGUCCUAAAGUUUUGAUAGCUGAAUAAGUUACAAAGUUUUGAUAGCUGAACAAGUUACAAAAGUAAUGAAUCAUUCACACAUCCACACUCCAUAACAGCUACAAUGAGUUAUUAAUGCAACUAUUAGCUUUAUUUACAGCGAGCAAAAUCAGGGAUAUUCCUCCAGAACAUACCAAAAGCCAACCCUUGGCCUUGACCAUAUAAGGCACUGGGUAAUUUUCUAAAACUUUUUGUGGGAAAAAAGGCAUGUGUUAUAUGCCCAAAAAUACUGUAUGUAUAGUAUAUACAAUAUGUACCCAGUUUUCAAAUGAUAUGCAUCUCAGUGUUUCAGCUUGCAAACAAGUCAUUUAUAAUCCUGAAAAUUUUAUUCUCUAGAAAAGGAUGGUUGUGUGUCACACUUUUGUACCUGCAGAUUGAUAUUCAUAAAGUAUUUUCUCAAUAUUGUCUUUUGGAUUUUGUUCAUAAGCUGGAUCACUGGAAGUUAGAGCCAUGCUGUAUACACUAUAUCUGGGGUGGAAGGAAGGAGGGGUAGAGGUUAUCCUAGGAAAGGAUAAGGGAGGAGAUAAAGGUUUUGAUUGCUAGGGUCAAUGGUGAAUGAGUUUAUUUUUUAUUGGUAGUCAUCCUAACUUGGUGGGAGAUAGCUGAUAUGUUACAUAUAUUUAUGGGAUGUUGCAGUUCAAGGGUGUUAUGAAUUGUAAUAUCAGAACACUUCUGGCAAGACAUCUGUUGAAUGAAUGAUGGUGAACACAUUUUUUUUAUGUUAUUGGCUAUCAUCCACCCUGAAAGAGGACAUGCAUUUGCAUUUGCUCAGUUGCUGUCUUGCCAGAAUUGUGCUGACAUUACAGUUUACUUAACCUUUUGAAUUGCAGUAUCCUCUCUCCAGCUCAAGAGUGCAGGAACUGUACCUCACCCCUCCAGGUGAUGGGUUGACCUAAAUCCCUUCAUAAAUAUUACCUUUCUCACACUUCAACAUCUUGUCAACUCAUACAAACCUACUUGUCUUUGUCUCCAUUUACUCCACUCUAAUGCACUCACUGAUGACACUGGAGGACAGGAGAGAUAGGGGGGACAUGAUAACCACAUACAAAAUACUGAGGAAAUGACAAGGUGGACAAAGACAGGAUGUUCCAGAGAUGGGACACAGCAACAAGGGGACACAGUUGGAAGUUGAAGACACAGAUGAAUCACAGGGAUGUUAGGAAGUAUUUCUUCAGCCACAGAGUAGUCAGGAAUGGAAUAGUUUGGGAAACUAUGUAGUGGAGGCAGGAUCCAUACAUAGCUUUAAGUAGAGGUAUGAUAAAGCUCACGGUUCAAGGAGAGUGACCUAGUAGCGACCAGUGAAGAGGCAGGGCUAGGAGCUAGGACUUGACCCCUGCAGCCUCAACUAGGUGAGUACAAGCCUGUUGGAUGUUCAAACCAAUAGCACUAAACUUUUAAUAUCUCCAGCCCUUCUGGGAAUGACUUCUCCCCCAUUCCCCAAAUUUACAUGUCCCCUUAGUCAUCCUGUUUUUAAUAACUCUACUUUUAAUAACUCUACUUUUAAUAACCUCCUCAUCAUCUGAUCUCCAUGCUUCUAAUUCUGUACAUAAUAUUCACACCACACAUAAUCUUCAAACAUGACCUCUCCACUGCCUCCAGCCUCCUCACUGCAACAUUUAAAGCCCAUAUUUUACACCCAUAUAACAGUGUUAUUACCAAUAUUUACUACUAUACACUAGCGCAUUCCCCAUUUUUGCCUCCAUGGAUAAGGUGUUUUGUCUCCAUAGAUGCCUUAACCCUUUCAUUGUCACAACCCCUGCUCGCAAACUUGCUCUCAAUGUCAGAUAAUUAAAAAAAAAAAAAACUUGUGAAAUGAAAGAGAAUCUUUUUCCGAUGGUAAUGAAACCAAAAGUACAAAAUUUGAUAGCAAACUUAUGGAAUUACACUCGCAAAGUUUGUGGUCUUGGCAAUAUUUAUGCUUCAGUGAUUUCACUCAUUUUGAGCUCCAUUAUUCCAGUUGAUGCUAUUCAUAGCUAUUUCACUAGUACUCUUUUUGCUCCAUCGAUUGAGCACAAGAAACUGCCCAUUGACUUACUUCAACUACCCAAUAAAGUGAUCAGAAAUUGAUAAUUUGGCCAAUUUCAUACAAAAUCCAGGAGUUUACCUGGAGUUUACCUGGAGAGGGUUUCGGGGGUCAACACCCCCACGGCCCGGUCUGAGACCAGGCCUCAUGGUGGAUCAGGGUCUGAUCAACCAGGCUGUUACUGCUGACCACACGCAAGUUGACGUACGAACCACAGCCAAGGCCAUUUUCAAAAUAAGGUCCAGAAUAAACAAUGCAGACAUUCCUGGCACUAAAAUAACAUUUUCUCUGUUCAUUAGUUACAUCUCCAGGCCCCUCUUAUUAUGCUUGCUUUCCAUUUUGAAUUUUUAUUCACUCAAAAAAUAGAUUUACUGUUAUACAGUCUACAGCAUUAUUAUAAAAAUGGUAUAAAUAAUAUCAGCACAUUUGUGAAAGCAUAUUAGACCCACCAAUUGAUGUGUAUUGGAUGCAUGAUGUGAUUUGUUUUCUUUUGAACAUCGGCAAAAAUUGAACAGUUCCACUACUUUGAGAUCAGUUUCAAGCUACUUUCCUUCCCGAAACCAAUCAAAAUCAUCUCCAUUUCUGUAAUAUGUCUUCCAUUCCAUCAAAUGAAACCAAGAAAACGAGACUAUAACCAUAAAAACCAUGUGAAAAUACACCACAAAUUUGCUAUUUUAAACCAAAAACACAGUCACAGUUUUUUUCUCAUUAUGCACUGUGUGCUGCAGGAUUUUUUUUAUAUGGUACAUACUUACCACGUAAGACCCAUUCUCUCAUAUCUGGGCCCAAGUUUACCAAUCACAGCUUAUCUGAGUGAGCUAAGCUUAUGACAUCAUACUACGGGACUGACAGUGGCUUAAGAGCUGUGAUACAAUGGGACUGACAAUGAAAUGGUUAAUAUACUAGUCACCUUUUUCCGUCUUUUGAUGGUUCACUCCAUCUUUCAUAGAUCCAUCUUCCAACAAAUCCACUAUCAAAUAUCUAAACACAUUUACUCCCUCCAGUAUGGUAUUCAAUCUUUCAUUGCUUAUACGUGUAUAUUUUUUCCACUCAUCACCUUGCUCUUUUUGAUGAUCAUUUUUAAUUUCCUUCUAUAACAUACACUUCCAAAUUUAUUCCCAACUAUUGCAACAUUUUUUCAGAAUCUCCUAAAGGAACUCGUCUGCAAAGAGCAAUUGUGACAGCUCCAAUUUUGUAGCAAAUUUAUAAUCUUUCAAUCCCGCACUUCUCCCCAAUACCCUAUGAUUCACUUUUUACAAUCUUGUCUGUAAAUAUGUAUGUUUAAUGGCCAUGGUGUGAAAACACAUCUCUAUCUAAGGCCUACUUUUACUGGAUUACAGGAUGGAAGGUAUAUGAAGCAAAUAGUUUGCUAGAGAUUGAUAAUUAUUAUAACGAAAUGCUAAACCCUUAAGGCCAUACAGCACCGCAAGAGAUUGAUAAAAGAUACCUAAGAAAUUAAUAAUAAAAGUGCAGCUUAUUUUCAUUUUGCACCUUUUUGUUUUGUCUUAUUAUGACUAAAUAGUUUAAUUGACACAAGAAAAAUAUAAAGUCUGUUUUUGAAUGUAUGAUUUUCUUCCACCCUGGCUAGUAAUAUAUUCCUUGUGUAAGAGAAACUCCAGGUGUCAUGUGUAUAAUAGCAAGGUGGUGAUUUUGGUGAGAAAAAAGACUUAUGUAUGAGAUAUAGGAGGAUGGACAGAUGUUCAGGAGAAUGUUGUAAAUGCUUUUAAAUAUUUACAGUAUAUGAAGGAGGUCAUGAAAGUAGGCAGAUGAAUGGAAAUAUAAAGAGCAUAUACAACUAAAGGUGUGCAGUCAUGUAUCUAUUUACUGAAUUUACAUUAAAUCCCAUCUUAGGGAUUAAAAUGGUUUUUAUAUUAGUGUCUAGGUGCAUUGUAGCUUUUAGCUCUUGUUUAGUAGAUAGGACAUAAACCAAACCAACUGAUAGAGAUUUAACCCUUUCAGGGUCAUGACCCCUGCUCUCAAACUUGCUCUCAGGGUCGCAAAAUUAAAAAAAAGUGUUAGUUUUUUAAUGAAAUGGUAAAGAAUCAUUUUCUGAAGGUAAUAAAACAAAAAGUAGAAAAUUUGAUGGAAAACUGAUGAAAUUACACUUUCGUGAAUUUUGCUGUCAGUGAUAUUUACACAUCAGCGAUUUUGUACACUCUGAGCCUGAUUUUAGGCCAAUUUCAUUGUUCCAGUUGACCAUAUUCUUAGCUGUUUCGAUUAAGUACAAGAAACUGCCCAUUUGCCUAUUUAAACUACCCAAUAAAGAGAUCAGAAAUGGUAACUUGGCCAAUUUUGCACAAAAUUCAAGAAAUUCCAAUUUCAAAAUAAUGUAUGGGUCAGAAUAAACAAUGCAGAUAUUCCUGGUACUUAAAUAACAUUUCUUCUGUUCAUUAGUCAUGUCCCCAGGCUUGCUUUCCAUUUUGAAUUUUUAUUCACACAAAAAAUAGAAUAUUUACUGUUAUGCAGACUACUGCAUCAUUGUAAUAUUGUAUAAGUAAUGUCAGUGCAUUCAUAAAUGCAUAUUAGAAUGGCCAGAUGGACAUGUAUUGGACAAGUGAUGUCAUUUGUGCACUCUGGAAUGUCAGCAAAAAUAAAACAUUUCCACUACUUUGAGCUCAAUUUCAAGCUACUUUCAGUCCUGAAACCAAUUAAAACCAUCUAGAUUUCUGUAAUAUAUCUUCCAUUCUAUCAAAUGAGACCAAGAAAUUGAGAAUACAUCAAUAAAAAUCAUAUGAAAAUACACUACAAAGUUGCUGUUUUAAAGCAUGGUCGUAGUUUUUUUUUCCCAUUCUGCACUGCUUGCUGCAGGACUUUUUUUUUAUGGUGCAUGCUUACUGCAUAGACCCAUUCUUUCAUAUCUAGGCUCAUAUUUAUUGCUCAUAGCUUAUCUGAGUGAGCUGAGCUGAUGGCGUAGUACUACAGGACCAACACUGGCUUGAAAGCCGUAGAACAAUGGGACUGACCUUGAAAGGGUUAAAUGAUUAUUUAAAUCUCUUUGUAUUAAAACAGAAGCAUAAAAUGUGUAUUAGAGGAUAAGAUGCUAGUCUCAAAAUGUGACGAAAUGCGUCUUGAGCAUGUUUUGAGUAGUUUACUAACUGUGGUGUAUGGGAGAAGAAACUUGGGUGUUUAAUGCAGGAUUAACAAGGAUGGUUAUCAGAUAGCUGGCCAAAAGAAGGCUGCUCUGAGAACUGACUAGCAAGAAAGAUGUUCUGAGAUUGUGCCAACAGCAAGGCUGCUCUGAGACCUGCCUCUAAAAGCAGGAGAAUGGUCAGACUUUCAAAUACGUAUACUUUUCUCCAGAGGAAUUAUAUAUACAUGUACAUUAUAAUUUUAUGCAUAUUAUUUUUGAAUAUGCAAGGAGUAAAUGUACAAACCAGAGGACUCUUGACAUUUUUAAUAGAGUGACACUUGUGGUUUAGGAACUUGAAGUGUAAGUGAUAGUAGGAUGAAGAUGACUAUUGUGAGGGGUAAAGGAAAAAGAGGAAUAACUUGGUUUAAUUGAGAGAGCAUAUAUGUGAGCUUUGAAAGAGGGCUAUAACUACUACUGUGCUGCUUGAUAGAAGGAAUACAUAGAAACAUAAAUGCUCCAUCCUUUGAUAAAUGUUGGCAUUGUCAUAUAUGUAAAGUUGAUUUGAUAUUAGCAAAUUUGAUAAUGUGACUGAAGCUUUUCUUUAAAAUGAUUCACAUGUUUAUGGAUCUUUCAUAUUCCAAGACAAACUAAAUUCUUAAACCAGCUGAGAAGUUAUGUCUGUAUUGCAUGAAGUUCAAGUAUUGUUAUGUGUAAAUCUCAGGUUUACCAUUAGAUGUUGCAGUAUUAUGACCAGGACUCAGAAGAUGCACCUUACUAUGCUUUGAUUUUUAUGGUGACUGGGUUGGGUUAAUAUUUUUGUAGAAGUCAUAAAUGCUAGCUAACCUUGUAUUCAGAUCUAAGAAUUGAAGUCCAGAUGUAAAUUAAAAAUUAAACCUCAAUUUUUGCUGCAUAAUAAAAUAAAAUAAGCAUAGCUUAGUUUUACUGCAUUUAUACAAAUUUUGACCACCUCGUACAAAUGCUAGGUUCUCCCCUAUCUUUUGAAGUCAAACUCUACUAGAGACUUAUAAUUUUUCAGUGAUUAUUGAUUUUCUAAGUGUAUUCUAUAUUUGUCUUGGAUUUAGUACUGUAAUGUAGUGGUUUGUUGCCACUAGUUUUGCUAAAAAUAUGAAAUUUUCUCCCUUGUCUUGUAUAGCUUCUAUAUAGAUCUGUUGUAUCAGAUGUCACUGUCCAUGUAGCCAUAAUGCCUAUGAGACAAUACUCAAGUUUCUCACCUAUGAUACUUUCCCAAAAUAUUCAGGGUCAAGAGUAACAGAUUUUUACACAUUACAAGCAAGGAAGGUAACUGAAGUACCAACAGUGUUUUGAAAGCAGUUAAGCCUUUCCUAAAGUAGUGACUGAAUUUAAAAGUUCAUUGAGUUGCUGUAUUACAAAACACUCUUUGUAAUAAUAUUAUUUGUAGAGUUAAUUAUCAGUUACAUUAUUAGAUUUACAUGCUAGAAUAAGUAGUUUAUCCAGGCUUGUUUACCAUAAAUUUUCCUUGAGUAUUGCUCAUAUUUACACCCAGAUAUUUCUCAGAUUUGUUAUAUCAUUUUACAUAAAUGUUCUCUUGCAUAGAUUUAAGCCCAGUAUUUCAUACCAGCAUUUUCCUUUAUUUAUUUUGUAUAUACAGUAGUGUUUAUAUUUAUUUGACCUGGUUUGUAUUUAGCAGUUUUGUCAUCUGCUAAUGCCCACAGCGAGUGCAUUUUUACAAUUUGGUGUCCAUGUUUGUAUGAAUGAAUGUUUACUUUGUGUCUGAGGUAUUCCAGUUUUUGAAUACUGUAAUGUUGUUCUUAAACAGUGACUAAGUGGUAAAAUGGAAGUGUGCCUGAUAACCCACUUUAUGGUAAUUUUAAAAUGAUGAUGUGACCAAUAGGACAGGCAAUAAUUAAAAUAUCAGGAUGUUCA